AUGUUAUAUAGCAACAAGUCACCACGAUCUCGCGGUGCUGGCGUUGUUGAUAUCAUACACCCUUCUCCGCAACUUUGCAGCAGCUGCGCAUCCUUUCCGUGGCCAUCGGGACUUACAACCACAGCAACAUUUAGCAAAACGUUUUCUUCUGCCCAAAAAUCAGCUGAUGAAGGUUGCGUAUUAUGUCGCUUCGUUUGGUCAUUGAUAAUCAGCAACUGUGAAGUGAUCAGCGAGGUUUUGGACUCAGAAGAAUUUGCAAAGGGAUCAAUUGAGUUAUAUGUUCACGAGGACAAAGGGGUCUUGAUAUUAGUCCCGGAAGUAGUGCAGAAUGGUCAAGUACUCUCUACCGGUACAGGAGCUAGGCUUGAACUUGUCGGGUGUAGUGAUACGGAGGUGAUGGAAAAGUUCGAGACACGUCACAUCAAAGUCGAUGUUGGCGAGGGGGAUGAUUCUCUGGUCAAACUCAUUGACGUCAAGAGCUGCGAUCACAUCCCAAGUUUGGCCUACCUUAUCCUCAGCUAUUGUUGGGGAACCGGCAACGAAAGUUCCAAAACGACAGAGAGUAAUCUCAACGGACGGCUUCGUGGCUUUUCUGUCUCGGAACUUCCGAAAACCAUCCGAGAUGCCAUUCUUUUGACAAGAAUGAUGGGGUAUCGAUACCUAUGGGUGGAUGCAAUGUGUACCAUCCAGGGACCGAGCGGUGAUUUUCACGCAGAGUCGACCAGAAUGGGCGAUUAUUACUCGAAUGCCGAGUGCUGUAUCUCUGCAUCGGCUGCGACUGAUAGCCAACAGGGCUUUUUGACUGAACGCCCGCUUGCAAGAUUUCCUAUUGAGGAUAUCGCCUUCAAGAUACACAAAAAGCCCUCCAGAUUAUGGGCUUAUAGCGGAAUAGGUUCCAAUAUACACAAAGAGCCAGUAUAUUCCAUACUCAAAUGGAAUCACAACACAACAAGUGCGAAGAAACACAUCCUCACAUCGCCGCUGACAGAACGCGGAUGGUGUUUGCAAGAGACGGCACUAGCAAAGCGGACACUUCACUGGACUCUCCAAGGAGUAUUUCUCGAAUGUCAGACUUCUCUUUUCCUCGAAGGCAGAAAAGCUCGGUGGAGUUAUAAAGGCCCACUGAGUGAGGUAUUCUUCUCACCAAGAGAUAUUUUGGCGAUGCCUGACGAAGACCUACUUUUCUCAUCCGGAUGGUAUCAGCUUGUCAUUGAUUUCUCAGAGACAAAGCUGACGUAUGAGACGGAUCGUUUAUACGCCAUUCAUGGACUUGCACCAGAGAACGUACAGCUACCAUCCUGGUGCUGGGCAUCAAGUUGUUCCGUUAGUUUCAUGAAAAUCCUUCAGGUACCGAUAUACAUACGAGAUGACCACCCUGACCGGCCUACACGCUUCCCCACGCAUCCUGAGACUAUAAGCACGGUGGAGGGCACGACCUCUAGGCUCUACAUCAGAGCGCCGAUCAUUCAACUAGAGAUUGGAGCUCUCAAUGUUGGAUACACGAAAACUAGUGGCUCAGAUGAUAUAGCGAAGUUCGAAUAUUGGUAUUGGUUGGAUUCAAAUCGUCGAGUUAUGCGCGAUUAUCCUGCUGUAAGCUUCGUUGCGGAGUGGGUAGAAAGUUCUAGCGUAUCGUGGAUACCUGUAGGUCAAUCAGAGGGUAGCCUGGAAUAUAUUGUGGGAUUAUUAGUGCAUGAGGUGCCUAGUCAAGGGGAGGGGGUUUACUGCCGGUACGGGCUUCUGGCUUACAAGGGCCAGGAUGACUCUAUACUGGAUGAUCAACGCUUGAACGACGUUAGCGAGAUAGCUUUGGUGUGA